AUGGACUGUCUUCAAGAAGCAACCGGUAAAACCCAGAGUUUCUUCGCUAGGACCUGGCUCAUCAAAGACCCGCAGUUCAUGCCCAAGAAAUUUGGACAAAACGACGUUGACAUCGAGAUCGAGUGCUGCGGCGUCUGCGGAUCGGACGUACAUACAAUCAACGGGGGUUGGGGCGAGGCUCCGUUGCCGCUUUGUGUGGGCCACGAAGUCGUGGGACGAGCGAUCCAGGUAGGCUCUGCCGUGACGACCGUCAAGGUUGGCGACAGAGUCGGGGUCGGUGCCCAAGUCUGGUCCUGCCUCGAGUGCAAGCAGUGCACGAGCGACAACGAGAACUACUGCGAGAAGAUGGUCCCGACGUACGGCGGGCCAUAUCCUGAAGAGGUCGACCCUCGCAAAACGAUGUCCCAAGGUGGCUUUGCAUCCCACAUCAGGGCUCACGAGUACUUCGUCUUUCCGAUUCCGGACGGCAUACCUCCAGAAUGUGCGGCGCCUAUGAUGUGCGCGGGUUUGACCGUCUGGUCACCGCUAGCAAGGGCCAAGAUAGGUCCUGGAAAGAAAGUGGCCGUGGUCGGUCUCGGUGGCCUGGGACAUUUCGCGGUCAUGUUCGCAAACGCACUCGGGGCAGAGGUCACGGUGAUCUCGCACUCGGCCCACAAGCGGGACGAUGCAUUCAACCUGGGCGCGAAGGAUUUCGUCGUCAACGACACGCCGGGUUGGGCGAAACCCCACCGGUACGCCUUUGACCUCGUGCUCAACACUGCAGACAUGACACACCAGUUCAAUGUCCCCGAUUACCUAUCGCUUUGCUCUAUAGGGGGCGCAUUCCAUCAGCUCGGCGUCCCCGACGCUCCUCUGCCUCCCCUGAGCAUCCCGGCGUUGAUCAUCAAUGGCUGUGCCAUCAGUGGAAGUCACAUUGGCAACAGACCCGAAUGUCUGGCGAUGCUGAAGCUGGCCGAACAAAAGCAGCUGUUUCCUAUGAUUGAGACGAUCCCUAUUUCGGAAGAGGGGCUCCGCGAGGCAGUGAGCCGCGUAUCCAAGAACAAAGUGAAAUAUAGAUUUGUCUUGACCGGUUAUGACAGUGCUUUCAGUCGACAGGUAAAAUGA